AUGUGGGCGGAGGGACAGCGCACUGGGUGGGACUUCGAAGGAUUGUACGCUCAGGCCUACAGGCUCUUUGAUGUUAUGAUAUCCACGAAGGAGGUGCUCGAAGAUUGCUUUGGGCACCUCUCGUACAGGAACAAGCAGGACAAUCGCAAUCCACUGCAAAUGUCUGUGGAACGGGUGUUUUUCCACGCAGCCUUGAGUCCCAGAUGGGUCGACAAGGCUUGGCCACGCAUUGGUCUGCAACCUGGUGACCUGCGCAAUCCGGAGUCACUGAACUUUUCCAGGGGGAAAGAUAUGUUUUUGCCAAGCAAGCACAGGAGCUCGGAAACUUACACGGAGUUGAAAGCCAUUGUCGACGCAGGUCGAAAGAAGGCCCCUGCUGGGAUUGGCAAUGCGAGGCUUGAUGCCACCAGGCCUGCUGGCCAUUUGGGCGACUAUCGUGCAGUGGGUGCUUUGUGCAGCCUCAGAUGCUUGGCCGGCCACGAAUUCAAAGACAUUGGCGGCUGCUGGUGCACAGAGUUGUUCCAAGAAGGAUUUCUUUACAGGGACUGUGAGUCUGGGCAUGUGUACCUGUGUCUGGGGUACCACUUUCAGACUGCCUUCCUGUGGAAAACGACCGCGUGCUCACACGACUUCUUUCUGCUCUCGGAGGCGGAACUGGAGCUGAAGGAGUGCAAGGACCGAUUUCGAACGAUGAGUUUGACAGAGGUUUUCAAACCAAGCGGAGAAGAGAACAGUCCGUGGAAAGGUAUGCCUUGCGAGCUCCCUGGAUCGAUGCCACAUGCUCAGAGGGGCAUCUUGUUCAGGAAGACCAGUGAUGAGGAGGGCCUGGUAUCUUUCUGGCUGCAGCAUGGUCGCUUCACCCAGAACAUGACGUUCGCUCGUGAUUUGUGCAUUGCUGUGGGCAUCGCCCCCGAGAAGAAGCCCAAAGGAGGGACAUCCACUGAGUCCUACUUGAUGACCCUGGUCACCACGUACCUUACACACCUCACGGACACGGAAAAGCAGGCUGUUGUGAAACGCCUGCUCUCGGACAAGACUACGAACGCCCAAUCCCCCUUCUCCAAGCUCGGAGAAGAGUCCUCCAAGUGCCUGCCAUCAGUGCUGCAGGUCUUGUCUGCGGAACCAGACUUUGACAAGUUUGCUGCGCUCAAGGUGGCUGUUGACGAUGAGAAACGGGCUGAGUUGGUCUUCAGGACAGAAGGCUGGCGCCGCGACAAAGCUAAUGAGCGGACCCCGGCGCUUAUCAAGAAUCUUCGUCCCCAAGCACCAGGCUGCAUUCUCAAUUGGCAACCGGCCUUGAACCAAUUUGCGGGCUACUUCACAAGGCGAAAGGCGAUGCACUCGACGGCCAGGGUGUACGGAGGAAAGUGGACUCAGACGCAGGCUGCUUUAAUUCGGCUGACUGUGAGCUGCGCAACCAUUGCUAGUCAGUCACAUGCGGCCUCUGUGGCCACUAAGGACGUCACAGCGAAGCCGUCAGCAGCGCAAGUGAAGGAUGCAUUGGACCGGGUUCUUGCAGGGGAGCUUGACCCAGGCGAGCCGGACGCAGAGGCAGCGGGGUUGCCCGAGGUGAUCCCAGAAGAAGACGCCGAGAAACAGGAUGCGGACAGCGACAACAAUCAGGAGUCCUCAGUGAGCAGUGCCAGCAGCAGCAGCAGUGAUUCCAGCAGCUCCAGCCACAAGAAAAAGAAGAAGAAAAGCAAAUCAAGCAAGCAGAAGAAGAUUUCCAAACACAAGAAGCAAGACGGUGCGAAGGCAAGCGCUGCACCUGCCAAAGCCAAGCCAGCCACAGAAGACAAAAAGGCCAAAGCCUUGUCAAAGGCAAGCAGAGCAAAGCCGCCAGCAGUGGAACCCAAAGCCAAGCAACCAACAGCAGGUGCUUUCUUUCUUUUGGCAUGCUUCUUCAAUCGCUAUCAUGUGUAG